ACGGUGAUUGCGUCAAAAAAUACACCAAAACGAAAUGUCCGGAUUACGUUGUUGCUGAAAAAGAAACUAUAACCAGCAACCGUUUAUCAUCGUUCCAUUGAUAACGUAUCGUAUUUCGUUUAAAUUUACUGUACGGUCCAUUUUUGUUACAUACGCGGUAUCAUCUACCCAGAGCUAUUAUCAAUAUAAAUUAAAUAUUGCAACACACAAAGUCGUCAAAAGUUUUCCUUUUGUUAGAAACUGAAAAAUGAUCUGGCCGUCAGAUCUGUCGCAACGAAUUGCUGGCGCCUCGGUAGAGCGAAAUUGAUUUUUUUUAGUUUUUUAAAGGGAAAACAAACGAAACUGAAAACGCUAGCACGAUAAUGCCAUGCGAAUCCUGUAACGUUCAAUUCACUGUUUUUCGUCGAAAAAAGUCGUGUACCGAAUGCAGACGAUUGUACUGCAAUCAAUGUCUCAUCAAGCGAAAAGAUAAGAUACUGUGCGACCGAUGCGUUGUUUUUACCACAAGACCGAUAUCGAAAAUCGAUCUACUGAAAUUGAAGCCGAAAGAUUUGAUAUUCUACCUGCAAUCGAAGCACAUAUCGACAACGGGAUGCGUUGAAAAAGAGGAGCUGGUCAAUUUGGUGCUAAUUCAUGCCAAUUCCAUUGCGGACACAAAUAGCAAUCGUUCGAGUUCACAAUUCGGUGACGACAAUUUCUCGAAUCCAUUCGAUCAAAUCAAGCAGACGUGCCAGAACCUAUUCACCAGUUUUACUGACAAAAUUGCUUCAGAUUUAAACUUCGACUCAAAGCCCUCACCAAGCGGACAAAAUGAACACAUUUUCUCGCAGCCGCGUGCCAGUUCCACAUCACCGCACCAGCAAUACAGCUUUCCCAAUAGUACAUCCGGCAGCAAUGUUACGCCCAGCCGCGUCAACAGUCCAUCGGUAAUACCAUCGGACAAUGUACGAUCGCCGCAUCGACAUUCAGAUGCGUCUAGUGGCACAAGUGCCACUAGCCCAACUAGCCCAGCUAGUCCCACCAGUCCUGUGAUAAGUGUCAAUAGUUCGUCCAAUUCGUCAGCCAGUACACCAACGACUGGCUCUAAAUCCCAUUCACGUCGGUCUAGUCAAACGCAAGAUGCACAACGGCCACUAUCAAAGUCGACAAACGCAUCCCAACGAAGCGAAGAGUUGCCAUCCAUUCACGAACAGCUGCCAAAUAGUCGAAUAAAUAAAUUGAAGCUGAGGCAAAUAAUCGAUCACAUUGAGUUGGCCAAUUCGGACUGCGACUGUUCGGAUGACGAGACCAUUUCAAAGUUCACUAAAGCAUAUAUGAAGGCGAGUCCGUCAAUUGAAAGUGACAUUCGACAGCCAAUCGAACCGGAGCCUGGACCGAGUGGCAAUUCUGGAACGGUUGUCAGUGACACAAAACCUGGUGCAAUCCAUGGCGAUAGUUCAAAUGCAUCAUCCUUUGAAGAGCUCGGAGCUUCAGGUACAUCGAACGGUGAUUGGCUGUUCAUAACAAAACCACCGUCAGACGAACUGCCCACUGAUGCUGCCAUAAGCGCUGACUGCACUAACGGGGACAUUUCGUCGGAUGCCAAUUUGACGCAUGCAACAUUCCAAAAUGCUGAUGCACAUUCCAGUCAACAGAACAUCUAUCCGAGCACAUCGGUCGAUCAGCAGCGCGUUCGUCGGCUGGUUCGUCGUCGUUCGGAUGGGCUAAUUUACAAUUCGUCCGGCUCGAAAAUGUUUGUCGAAGCGAUGGAGGAGGGAAUGACAGCGGCGGCCGAUGUAAGCGAGGACGAAACGUUGCGGAAGCGAACGAAGACGACCUCGUCAUGUGAUAAAUGCGGCAAAAGUAAACGAAGUCUGAAGCGACAUGUGGCUAAAUUCAAACGUCAAUUGGAAACGACAAAUGCGUCGGAAAUUGAAAUCAAGAAACAACUGGAAGCUUUCUUGGAGUACCUCGAAAUAUGCCACAAAAAUUCCUUUGAUGGAACCGACACCGAAUCGAAUGACGAGCAUCGAAUCGAUGACGCCGACAACAAUACGAAUGAUGCCACGAGUCAGAAUGUGACGGUGGGUGUUGAAGAAGUUUCCGACUUCGAUCAGUUGAAUGACGACGAUGACAACUACGAUUUUGAGUACGACGAAGGGAUUCACGUGUACGGCACGGACCACGAUGAAACCAAGGGUACACCACGGCAGUUUGUAGAUAUUAAUGAUUACGAGAACAGCUCGGACCUGGACGAUCUGUCGGUGAAGCAACUGAAAGAGAUUCUAAUGCUAAACCGAGUCGAUUUCAAAGGGUGCUGUGAAAAAACGGAAUUACUCGAACGAGUGAAACGACUGUGGAAUGAAUUACAUUCCGUUCCUGCCGUCGAUAAACUACCAUCGGAUGAUUUGUGUAAAAUUUGCAUGGAUGCGCCGAUCGAAUGUGUAAUAUUGGAAUGUGGUCACAUGGCAACAUGUACAGGUUGCGGCAAAGUGCUCAGCGAGUGUCCGAUCUGUCGACAAUACAUAGUUAGAGUAGUUCGAUUCUUUAGAGCUUAGCUGGGAGAAAGAGAUUUUUGAUUUCGAUUAAAAUUUUGAAAAUUCAUAUCUUACGUGUAGUGGAAAACUUGCUGUGGGUUCGUUCGAAAAUGAGUUUGGAUUAUACGAAAAAUGGACAGAUCCAUUGACAAAUGAAACACCAAAAAA